UUUACAAAUAUGUAAUGCUCUGAAAUACAGAGUAUAGUACAAAAACUUACUCAUCAAAAACUCAACAAUCCAAACUUCUUCUUCCUCUCUUCUUUCUCCAAAAUAUGGCUUAUGCUGUUUGCCAUUCACUCAUCCAAACCAUAGACAGAAUCCUGAAUCUCGAUGAUAAAAAGUACCCAAUCUCCGUUGAAGGAAAGCAGCGGAUUAAAGAUCUCCUUGCACGGAUCGAAACCAUCAAACAGUUCCUCGAAAGGUAUCCCAAGGAAGCAGCGAGUUCCGAAACAGCUGUCACGAACGCCGCCAACCAAGCCGAAGACGUGAUGGAGCACUUCAUCUACGAGCACUACCACUGGGACCUCCAGGCCGAGAAAAUGGCCUCUGUCGGCCGCCCACGCAACCGUACAGAGAUUCUGUACGAUUUCCGUGAGCUGGACGUAGUGAUGGGGAAAAUAUCCCCCAUCGCUAUACAGAUGGCGGAGAUCCAACAACAGCAGGGUGUGCGUCCAGCAACAACGGCCUUGUCCGGCCCGGUGUCCCAGCCUGCUAUUGAUACCGAAACGGUUGGCCUCGAGGAGUACUUGAAAAAUAUUAAAGCUUUGAUGUGUGGACAGCCGAAGUCCCAACGCCAGGUCAUCCCCAUCACGGGGAUGGGCGGGAUUGGGAAGACAACUCUGGCUAGAACUGUUUACAACGAUGAGGACGUCGUCAACGAGUUUCCUCUCCGCGUUUGGAUCGUUGUCUCUCAUAAUUAUAAAGUAGAAACCAUUUUUGAGGAGCUUCUAUAUGCCUUGGAGAAACAAAUCCCUGGCAGUCUUGUGGAGAAAAGUGAGACAGUAGAGAACAAACUACACAGGAUCUUGACUUUGCAGAAGUACCUGAUCGUGGUGGAUGAUCUGUGGAGUACCAAGGCGUGGUACGAAAUAAGGAAGGCGUUUGGCGACCCCAUGAAGUGUGACGGGAGUCGGAUUGUGAUCACCACCAGGGAUGAGGAUGUGGUUAAAGAUAUCGGCACUUCCACUCCUCACAAGAUGGAGCUCAUGAGUCCUGAGAAUAGUUGGAUUCUCCUCAAGAAAAAGGCGUUUCGAGACACAGAUCUAGAGCCGGAUAUAAAGAAGAUCUCAGAAGAAGUUGUUACCAGUUGUGGAGGAUUGCCCCUUGCGAUCGUGCUUAUUGGAGGUAUCUUAUCAGAAGCGAAAAUGGAAGCAUGGGCUGACAUUGCAAGAGAUGUGAAAUCCGCGGUUGAGAGUAGUACUAAGUUCGGAAAGAGAAUUGCGUUGAGUUACACAUAUCUACCUGUUGAUUUGAGGCCGUGUUUCUUAUACAUGGGUGCCUUUCCAGAAGAUCACGAGAUCCGGAUCUCAAAGCUUAUCAAGUUAUGGAUAGCUGAAGGAUUCGUUGGAAACGAAAAUGAGGCUAAAGAUUACUUGUACAAGCUCGUGAAGCGAAAUCUGCCUUCGAUCACGUCUUUCAAGCCCAACGCUGAAUUCAAAAGCUGCAACAUACACGAUUUGGUCCGCGAUAUGGCCAAGUCACAAGCUCUAGUUGAGAACUAUGAGCGCCGGCUGAGUAAUGGUCAUAUGGAUCUCACGCGCCUUGCUAGAGCUUAUGCCUCAACGCUGCGGUCAUGUUUGACCUUCCAGCCUAAUGAGAGCUCUUUAAGCGGACUGCGAAAGUUCAAGUUGCUGAGGGUGCUGGAUGUGGUGGACACUAAUGCGUAUUCGCUCCCAGCUCCCGUGUUUGAGCUGUUUCAUUUGAGGUACCUCGCCUUCGGGUGUCCAAUGGAGGUUCCAUACGCCAUAUCAAGGCUUCAGAAUCUUCGCGCCUUGAUAGUUCGUCCUAGCAAGAGGCUGAGGCACCACUCAAGCGACAACGUGGAUCUCCCCUUGGAGAUCUGGAUGUUGCCGCUUCUGACUCAUCUCGUCUCCUUUUUCGAUCUUCUGCCAGUUCCAGAAGGAGCAGCCUCUGCUCUAAAGGAGCUGCUCACACUGAAUGUGGUGAAGAAGCUGAUAUGUACAAAACAGAUGAUGGGAUUACUUUACAAUUUGAAGAAAUUGGCAAUCACUUAUUUUGGAGACAAAUACCCAAAUGAAGACUAUAAGCUCCACAAUCUUCAUCUCCUCACUCAACUUGAGAAGCUGAAACUAGUUGUGAAAGAAGGCUCUCUUCUUAAGAAGAAAGCUAAGCCUGUUUUCCCAAAGACGCUGAAGAAGUUAACCUUGAGCGGUUGGCGAUUCACUUGGGAAGAUAUGAAGGCUAUUUCUGCUCUGCCUAAGCUUCAAGUUCUCAAACUGAGAGAUCAUGCCUUUGAAGGCGGUGCGUGGAGCACUAUUGUAGAAGACAACGAUGAUGAUGAUGAAGAAGAAGAAGAAGCACGACAACAACAACAACAACAACAACAACAACAACAACAAGAACAAGUAGGGGAUUUGUUUGAUAAACUGGAAUAUUUGCUAAUUCAGGAAUCUGAUUUGGAGGAGUGGAAAACUAAAAAGGACCAUUUCCUAUCUCUGAAACGGCUAGUGCUAUAUCGUUGUGAUAAGCUGAAGGAGAUUCCGAAAGACAUAGGUAACAUUUUAGAACUUAAACUGAUUGAGGUUGAUCGUACAAACAAAUCUCUUCUCGAGUGUGUCCAAGGGAUCCGCGACUAUCAGAAGGACAACAAUGACCGAGUCCUUCAAGUUCUACAGUUAUAAGCCUUUUAGGUGUAUUGACAAGAAGCUGAGAUGUUCUGCUGGUGGAGAAGCAUCACCAUUUGUGUUUUAUUAUGUGUCUUGUUUUCCUUUUUUUAUUUUAUGUUUAUGUAUUUCUUGAUUUGGACAUGAAAUGUUGCCCAUUCUGCAUAUUUAGGUACUUAUAAAUGUUAGUUCUGUAAACACUAAAAAGUCUUACAACAUUUAUAGGAAUCCCAAAUCUUAUGCGA